AUGGAAAAUCAAGCUCUUUAUUCUUUACAACCGCACUUCGUUCAACAAUCUUCAUCUCAAAUCGAUAACACUAAUAUUGGUUUAUAUGAUAUAAAUGCUGUUAACGUUGGUCAAACGAACAAUAAUAGAAUGUUGUGCCCUCCUGUCUAUGAUAAUCAUGUCAUCAUGAAUGAGCAAUGCCUCUUUCCACAACAGUUUGAUCAAGUUGGGCAACCACUCGUUGGGAUGAUUUCAUACCCUAACCCGAUACUUACGGACAUACCCGCUUUCGAAAUAGAUCUCAAACCUGUGCUGACACCACCUGACAAACCAUACCCUGUUUUUCCGCCUCAUCCGUCUCCUCCUACGCAAUACUUAAUCGAUGACCGGAUGUACGGAUGUGUUGAUAGAUCUAUGGUGUCAAAUCAUUCACACGUUGUUAUGAACUCUACUGAAGAAGUGAAACAAGUUCCUUCACCUCCGACCUCGCCUCAACCCGUUUCGCAACCCCCCGCUGAGACGUCAAAAAAACUGGUACACAAGGAAGAGUGUAAACCUGAAAAAACUGAACCAAUCGGAAAAAACGAAAAAUCUGUUUCAACCGAAAAAGUCGAUGAAGGAUUGCCUAUUACAAUCAAUCCGAAACAGAAAAAUCGAAUCCUUAAACGAAGAGUCGCUCGUGCAAUAUUCGAGAAACGUUACAACCUUCCUAAACAAAGAAAGCCGUAUAUUCACGAAUCUCGUCACGUACACGCUAUGCGCAGACCACGUGGCCCAGGAGGCCGUUUCUUGAACACCAACGAUACCGUAAACGCAAAACGCCAAAGCUUUGAUAAUUUUAAUCAUUUUCCACGUGACCUUUCCGAUUACUUUCACCCAAAUACUCAUUUCCUUAUUCCGAUUGGAUCGAAUCCCGUAUCAGACGUGAAUUCUUGGGGCGUAACCACUGAAUUAACAAACCUUGAGAGUUCCGAUACAUGCCGUAUGAAUGUGUAUUUUGACGGAACCAACGUCAGCGCCCCAACUUCAGGUGCCAUUAGCCCCUUUGUCGCUUCACCGACGUCCGCAACAUCUCCAAUCCAAGUCCAGAAUGUUUAUGAGGCAAAUCACAUUAACAACGAAUAUAAUUUACCUCAAUCGCAUAUGUUGCAAUUAAGUUAUCCACCAUCGUUCGCUACCAAUACCAUUGGUUGGAAUUUCCACAACUAA